CGUCUUCAAUGAAUCCUAGUACUACAGCAACGGCUGCAACGUCGUCAAUGGCGCCAAGCACCGCAGGUACUACUGUGACGUCAUCAGUGGCCCCAAGCACCACAGCAGCUGCUACAUCUUCAAUGAUGAUGGGUACUUCAGCAACAACAGCAACUUCAUUGAUGACCCAAAGCACCUCUGCAACAACUGCUACUUCCUCACUGAAUCCCAGCACUACAGCAAUAACUUUAACAUCUUCAAUGAUGAUGGGUACUUCAGCAACAACAUCAACUUCUUCGAUGACCCUAAGCACUUCUGCAACAACUGCUACUUCCUUAAUGAAUCCCAGCACAACAGCAAUAACUUUAACGUCUUCAAUGAAUCCUAGUACUACAGCAACGGCUGCAACGUCGUCAAUGGCGCCAAGCACUGCAGGUACUACUGUGACGUCAUCAGUGGCCCCGAGCACUGCAGCAACAACAGCAACUUCAUUGAUGACCCAAAGCACCUCUGCAACAACUGCUACUUCCUCACUGAAUCCCAGCACUACAGCAAUAACUUUAACAUCUUCAAUGAAUCCUAGUACUACAGCAAUGGCUGCAACGUCGUCAAUGGCGCAAAGCACUGCAGGUACUAUGGUGACUUCAUCAGUGGCCCCAAGCACCACAGCAGCUGCUACAUCUUCAAUGAUGAUGGGUACUUCAGCAACAACAGCAGUUUCAUCGAUGACCCAAAGCACCUCUGCAACAACUGCAACGUCGUCAAUAGCGCCAAGCACUGCAGGUACUACGGUGACUUCAUCAGUGGCCCUGAGCACUACAGCACCUGCUACAUCUUCAAUGAUUAUAGGUACUUCAGCAACAAUAGCAACUUCUUCAAUGACCCUAAGCACUUCUGCAGCAACUGCUACUUCAUCAACGAAUCCUAGUACUACAGCAACGGCUGCAACGUCGUCAAUGUCGCCAAGCACUGCAGGUACUACGGUGACUUCAUCAGUGGCCCCAAGCACCACAGCAGCUGCUACAUCUUCAAUGAUGAUGGGUACUUCAGCAACAACAGCUGCUUCAUCGAUGACCCUAAGCACUUCUUCAGCAACUGCUACUUCCUCAAUGAAUCCUAGUACUACGGCAACAACUGCAACGUCGUCAAUAGCGCCAAGCACUGCAGGUACAACGGUGACUUCAUCAGUGGCCCCGAGCAAUGCAGCAACAACAGCAACUUCAUUGAUGACCCAAAGCACCUCUGCAACAACUGCUACUUUCUCAGUAAAUCCUAGUGCUACUGCAACAACUGCAACGUCCUCAAUGGCGCCCAGCACUGCGGGUACUACGGCGACUUCAUUAGUGGUCCCGAGCACUACAGUAACUGCUACAUCUUCAAUGAUGACGGGUACUUCAGCAACAACAUCAACUUCUUCGAUGAAUCCUAGUACUACAGUGAUAACUGCAACGUCAUCUCUGGCUCCCAGCACUACAGCAAUGACUUUUACAUCAUCAAUGGCUCCUAGUACUACAGAAAUAGCUGCUACAUCUUCAAUGAUUCCAAGUACUACAGUAACCGCUACAUCCUCAAUGACGCCCAGUAGUACAGCAACUGCUACAUCUUCAGUGACGAUGGGUACUACUGCUACAACUGCAACAUCUUCAAUGAACCCGAGCACAUCUGGAGGAACUGCUACUUCCUCGAUAAAUCCUAGUAUUACAGCAACAGCUGCAACGUCGUCAAUGGCGCCGAGCACUGCAGCUACAACUGCAAAUUCCGCAGUCACCCCGAGCACUACAGCAACUGCUACAUCUUCAAUAGCGAUGGGUACUACAGCUUCAACUGCAACAUCUCCAAUGAAUCCGAGCACUUCUGCAGCAACUGCUACUUCCUCAAUGAAUCCUAGUACUACGGCAACAACUGCAACGUCGUCAAUAGCGCCAAGCACUGCAGGUACAACGGUGACUUCAUCAGUGGCCCCGAGCACUGCAGCAACAACAGCAACUUCAUUGAUGACCCAAAGCACCUCUGCAACAACUGCUACUUUCUCAGUAAAUCCUAGUGCUACUGCAACAACUGCAACGUCCUCAAUGGCGCCCAGCACUGCGGGUACUACGGCGACUUCAUUAGUGGUCCCGAGCACUACAGUAACUGCUACAUCUUCAAUGAUGACGGGUACUUCAGCAACAACAUCAACUUCUUCGAUGAAUCCUAGUACUACAGUGAUAACUGCAACGUCAUCUCUGGCUCCCAGCACUACAGCAAUGACUUUUACAUCAUCAAUGGCUCCUAGUACUACAGAAAUAGCUGCUACAUCUUCAAUGAUUCCAAGUACUACAGUAACCGCUACAUCCUCAAUGACGCCCAGUAGUACAGCAACUGCUACAUCUUCAGUGACGAUGGGUACUACUGCUACAACUGCAACAUCUUCAAUGAACCCGAGCACAUCUGGAGGAACUGCUACUUCCUCGAUAAAUCCUAGUAUUACAGCAACAGCUGCAACGUCGUCAAUGGCGCCGAGCACUGCAGCUACAACUGCAAAUUCCGCAGUCACCCCGAGCACUACAGCAACUGCUACAUCUUCAAUAGCGAUGGGUACUACAGCUUCAACUGCAACAUCUCCAAUGAAUCCGAGCACUUCUGCAGCAACUGCUACUUCCUCAAUGAAUCCUAGUACUACGGCAACAACUGCAACGUCGUCAAUAGCGCCAAGCACUGCAGGUACAACGGUGACUUCAUCAGUGGCCCCGAGCACUGCAGCAACAACAGCAACUUCAUUGAUGACCCAAAGCACCUCUGCAACAACUGCUACUUUCUCAGUAAAUCCUAGUGCUACUGCAACAACUGCAACGUCCUCAAUGGCGCCCAGCACUGCGGGUACUACGGCGACUUCAUUAGUGGUCCCGAGCACUACAGUAACUGCUACAUCUUCAAUGAUGACGGGUACUUCAGCAACAACAUCAACUUCUUCGAUGAAUCCUAGUACUACAGUGAUAACUGCAACGUCAUCUCUGGCUCCCAGCACUACAGCAAUGACUUUUACAUCAUCAAUGGCUCCUAGUACUACAGAAAUAGCUGCUACAUCUUCAAUGAUUCCAAGUACUACAGUAACCGCUACAUCCUCAAUGACGCCCAGUAGUACAGCAACUGCUACAUCUUCAGUGACGAUGGGUACUACUGCUACAACUGCAACAUCUUCAAUGAACCCGAGCACAUCUGGAGGAACUGCUACUUCCUCGAUAAAUCCUAGUAUUACAGCAACAGCUGAAACGUCGUCAAUGGCGCAAAGCACUGCAGCUACAACUGCAAAUUCCGCAGUCACCCCGAGCACUACAGCAACUGCUACAUCGUCAAUGGCGAUGGAUACUACAGCUUCAACUGUAACAUCUUCAAUGAAUCCCAGCACUUCUGCAGGAACUGAUACUUCCUCAAUGAAUCCUAGUACUACAGCAUUAGUAGCAACGUCGUCAAUGGCGCCAAGCACUGCAGCGACAACAGCAACUUCAUUGAUGACCCAAAGCGACUCUGCAACAACUGCUACUUCCUCAGUAAAUCCUAGUUCUACUGCAACAACUGCAACGUCCUCAAUGGCGCCGAGCACUGCAGGUAUUACGGGGACUUCAUCAGUGGCCCCGAUCACUACAGCACCUGCUACAUCUUCAAUGAUGAUGGGUACUUCAGCAACAACAGCAACUUCUUCGAUGACCCUAAGCACUUCUGCAGCAACUGCUAUUUCCUCAAUGAAUCCUAGUACUACAGCAACGGCUGCAACGUCGUCAAUGGCGUCAAACACUGCAGGUACUACGGCGGCUUCAUCGGUCGCCCCGAGCACUAUGGCAACGGCUACAUCUUCAAUGAUGAUGGGUACUUCAGCAACAACAGGAACUUCUUCGAUGAAUCCUAGUACUACAGUGAUAACUGAAACGUCAUUACUGGCUCCGAGCACUACAGCAAUGACUUUUACAUCUUCAAUGGCUCCUAGUACUACAGAAAUAGCUUCUACAUCUUCAAUGAUUCCUAAUACUACAACAACUGCUACAUCUUUAAUGACGCCUAGUAAUACAGCAAUAACAGCAGCUUCCUCAUUGAACCCGAGCAGUAUUGCAACAACUGCUACUUCCUCAAUGAAUCCUAGUGCUUCAGCAACCACUGCAAUGUCGCCAAUGUCACCUAGCAUUACAGCUACAACUGUAAUUUCCUCAAUGAUUCCGAGCACUGCAGCAACUGCUACAUCUUCAAUGAUGCCAAGUACUUCACCAAGUACAACGGCCGUAUCCGCUACUUCGUCAGAGAUAGCGACCUCCACAAGUACUGUAAUUCUGGGAACAACCACUGCAACACCUGCCAUGACACUUACGAGUACAGCAUUAACUGCAACUUCUCAAAUGACAUUGACUAAUGCAGCAGGAACUGCAACUUCCUCAAUGACUCCUGCUUUUACAGCUACAACUGCAACUGCCUCAAUGAACCCGAGCACUACAGGAAACACAGUCACUUCUUCCAUGACUCCUAGUACUGCAAUAUCAACAACGACAAUGACUAUUAGUACUUCAGCUACAACUACAACUUCCUUAAUCACCUCGAACAUUAUAACAACAACUGCAACGUCCUUAAUGACCCCUAGUAUGACAGCAAACACUGCUACAUCUUCAAUGACCCAAAGCAUUACAGCGAUAACUGCUACUUCGUCAAUGACUCCGAGUACUACAGCUACAAAUCCCAUUUCCUCAAUGAUUACCACUACUACAGCAACUUCUACAUCUUCAAUGGCGCCUGGUUCUACCGCAACUGCUACCUCUCUAAUGACAAUGGGUACUUCAGCAACAACAGCAACUUCUCCGAUGACCCUAAGCACUUCUGCAACUGCUACUUCCUCAAUGAAUCCUAGUACUACAUUAACUGCUACUUCUUCAAUGAAUCCUAGUGCUUCAGUAACAACUGCAAUGUCGUCAAUGUCACCCAGCACUACAGCUACAACUGUAAUUUCCUCAAUGACUCCGAGCACUACUGCAACAGCUACAUUUUCAAUGACGCCUACUACUACAUCAACUUCUACCUCUUCAAUGGUAAUGAGUACUUCUGCAACAAUAGCAACUUCUUCGCUGACCCCAAGCACUUCUGCAACAAGUGCCACUUCCUCAUUGAAUCCUAGUACUUCUGCAACAACUGCAACUUCCUCAAUGGCGCCAAGCACUGCGGGUACUACGGCGACUGUAUCAGUGGCCCCGAGCACUACAGCAGCUGCUACAUCUUCAAUGAUGAUGGGUACUUUAGCAACAACAGCAACUUCUUCGAUGACCCAAAGCACUUCUGCAGCAACUGCUACUUCCUCAAUGAAUCCUAGUACUACAGCAACAACUGCAACAUCGUCAAUGGUGCCCAGCACUGCAGGUACUGCGGCGACUUCAUCAGUGGCGCCGACCACUACAGCAGUUGCUACAUCUUCAAUGAUGAUGGAUACUUCAGCAACAACAGCAACUUCUUCGAUGACCCUAAGCACCUCUGCAACAACUGCUACUUCCUCACUGAAUCCCAGCACUACAGCAAUAACUUUAACAUCUUCAACGAAUCCUAGCACUACAGCAAUAUUUGCUACAUCUUCAAUGAUUCCUAGUACUACAGCAACCGCUACAUCCUCAAUGACGCCGAGCACUACAGCAGCUGCCACAUCUUCAAUGAUGAUGGAUACUUCAGCAACAACAGCAACUUCUUCGAUGACCCUAAGCACCUCUGCAACAACUGCUACUUCCUCAAUGAAUCCCAGCACUACAGCAACAACUACAACAUCUUCAAUGAACCCGAGCACUUUUGCAGGAACUGCUACUUCCUCAAUGAAUCCUAGUACUACUGCAACAUCGUUGAUGGCGCCAAACACUUCAAGUACUACUGCUGCUUCAUCAAUGGCCCCGAGCACUACAGCAACUGCUACAUCUUCAAUGAUGAUCGGUACUUCAGCAACAACAUCAACUUUUUCGAUGGCUCAAAGCACUUCUAUAACAACUGCUACUUCCUCAAUAAAGCCUAGUACUACAUCAACAACUGCAACGUCCUCAAUCGCGCCCAGCACUGCAGGAACAACGGCGACUUCAUCAAUGGUCCCGAGCACUAUGGCAACGGCUUCAUCCUCAAUCGCGCCCAGCACUGCAGAAACAACGGCGACUUCAUCAAUGGUCCCGAGCACUAUGGCAACGGCUUCGUCCUCAAUGAUGCCUAGUACUACCGCAACUGCUACCUCUUCAAUGACAAUGGGUACCUCAGCAACAACAUCAACUUCUCCGAUGACCCUAAGCACGUCUCCAACAACUGCUACUUUCUCAAUGAAUCCUAGUACUACAGCAACACUUGCAACGUCAUCCUUGGCACCCAGCAAUACAACGAUGACUGCUACAUCUUCAAUAAAUCCUAGUACUACUGCAACAUCCUCGAUGGCGCCAAGCAUUUCAGGUACUACCGCUACUUCAUCAAUGGCCCCGAGCACUACAGCAACUCCUUCAUUUUCAAUGAUGAUUGGUACUUCAGCAACAACAUCAACUUUUUCGAUGACUCAAAGCAUUUUUAUAACAACUGCUAGUUCCUCAAUGAAUCCUAGUACUACAUCAACAACUGCAACGUUUUCAAUUGCGCCCAGCACUGCAGGAACAACGGCGACUUCAUCAAUGGUCUCGAGCACUAUGGCAACUGCUACCUCUCCAAUGAUAAUGGGUACUUCAACAAUAGCAGCAACUUCUUCGAUGACCCUAAGCACUUCUGCAAAAACUGCUACUUCCUCAGUAAGUCCUAGUACCACUGCAACAACUGCAACGUCAUCAUUGGCGCCAAGCACUUCAGCUACUACGGCAACGUCAAUUGCCCCGAGCACUACGGCAACGACUGCAUCUUCAAUGACGCCUAGUACAUCAACUGCUUCCUCUUCAUUGACAAUGGGUACUUCAGCAACAACAUCAACUUUUUUGAUGAAUCCUUCUACUACAGCAAUAACAGCAGCUUCCUUAUUGAACCCGAGCAGUAUUGCAACAAAUGCUACUUCCUCAAUGAAUCCUAGUGCUUCAGCAACAACUGCAAUGUCGUCAAUGUCACCCAGCACUGCAGCUACAACUGUAAUUUCCUCAAUGAUUCCGAGCACCUCAGCAACUGCGUCCUCUUCAAUGAUGCCAAGUACUUCACCAAGUACAACGGCCGUAUCCGCUACGUCUUCAGAGAUAGCGACCUCCACAAGUACUGUAAUUCUGGAAACAACCACUGCACCAUCUGCCAUGGCUCUUACGAGUACAGAAUUAACUGCAACUUCUACAAUGACAAUGACCAAUGCAGCAGGAACUGCAACUUCCUCAAUGACUCCUGCUUUUACAGCUACAACUGCAACUGCCUCAAUGAACCCAACCACUAUAGCAAACACAGUCACUUCUUCCAUGACUCCUAGUACUGCAAUAUCAACAACAACAAUGACUAUUAGUACUACAGCUACAACUACAACUUCCUUAAUCACCUCGAACAUUAUAACAGCAACUGCAACGUCCUUAAUGACCCCUAGUAUUACAGCAAACGCUGCUACGUCUUCAAUGACCCAAAGCACUACAGCGACAACUGCUACUUCGUCAAUGACUCCGAGUACUACACGUACAACUCCCAUUUCCUCAAUGAGUUCCACUACUACAGCAACUUCUACAUCUUCAAUGGCGCCUGGUUCUACCGCAACUGCUAUCUCUCUAAUGACAACAGCGACUUCUCCGAUGACCCUUAGCACUUCUGAAACUGCUACUUCCUCAAUGAAUCAUAGUACUACAUCAAUUGCUACAUCUUUAAUGACGAUGAGUAUUACAACAACAAUAACUCCAUCAUUUUCAAUGAAUCCUUCUACUACAGCAACAACAGCAGCUUCCUCAGUGAACCCGAGCAGUUUUGUAUCAACUGCUACUUCUUCGAUGAAUCCUAGUGCUUCAGUUACAACGGCAAUGUCGUCAAUGUCACCCAGCACUACAGCUACAACUGUAAUUUCCUCAUUGACCCCGAGCACUCCUGCAACAGCUACAUUUUCAAUGACGCCUACUACUACAUCAACUGCUACCUCUUCAAUGACAAUGGGUACUACAGCAACAACAUCAACUUCUUCGAUAACCCUAAGCACUUCUGCAACAACUGCUACUUCCUCAGUAAAUCCUAGUACCACAUUAACAACCGCAACGUCGUCAAUGGCGCCCAGCACUACAACAACAAUGGUUUUAUCUUCAAUGACAAUGGAUACUUCAGCAACAACAGCAACCUCCUCGAUGGCCCUAAGUACCUCUACAACAACUGCUACAUCUUCAACGGAUCCGAGUACUACAUCGAUUGUUUCAUCUUCAAUUACGCCUAGUACUACAGCAACUGCUACUUCUUCAAUGACAAUCGGUAGUACAACAACAAUAACUCCAUCAUCUUCAAUGGGUCCUUCUACUACAGCAACAACAGCGGCUUCCUCAAUGAACCCGGGCAGUUCUGUAACAACUGCUACUUCUCCAACGAGUCCUAGUGCUUCAGUAACAACUGCAAUGUCGUCAAUGUCUCCCAGCAUUACAGCUACAACUGUAAUUUCCUCAAUAAAUCCUAUUACUACGGCAACAACUACAACGAUUUCAUUGGCGCCCAGCACUGCAGGUACUACGGCGACAUCAUUAAUGGCCGCGACAACUUCAGCAACGGCUACAUCUUCAAUGAUGCCUAGUACUACCGCAACUGAUACAUCUUCAAUGACAAUGGGUACUUCAGCAACAACAUCAUCUUCUUCGAUGAUCCAAAGAACUUCUGCAACAACUGCUUCUUCUCCAACGAAUCCUAGUGCUUCAGUAACAACUGCAAUGUCGUCAAUGUCACCCAGCACUACAGCUACAACUGUGAUUUCCUCAAUGACCCCGAGCACCACUGCAACGGCUACAUCUUCAAUGACGCCUACUAUUACAUCAACUUCAGCAACAACAUCAAUUUCUUCGAUAACCCUAAUCACCUCUGCAACAACUUCUACAUCUUCAAUGACGCCUAGUACUACAGCAAUUGCUACAUCUUCAAUGACGCCUAGUACACCAGCAAUUGCUACAUCUUCAAUGACGAUCGGUAUUACAACAACGGCUACAUCUUUAUUGAAUCCUAGUACUACAUCAACCGCUACCUCUUCAAUGACUAUGGCUACUUCGGCAACAACAUUUUCUUCGAUGAUCCAAAGCACUUCUGCAACAACUGCUACUUCCUCAUUUAACCCUAGUACUACUGCAACAACUGCAACUUCGCCAAUGGCGCCCAGCACUGCAGCUACAACUGUAAUUUCCUCAAUGACCCCCAGCACUACAUCGACAAUUGCUACUUCAUCAAUGACUCCGAGUACUACAGCUACACCUCCCAUUUCCUCUAUGAGUCCCACUACUCCAGCAACUGCUACAUCUUCAAUGACGCUAAGUGCUACAUCACCUGAAACCUCUUCAAUGACAAUGGGUACUUCAGCAACAACAGCAGCUUCCCCAAUGAACUCGGGCAGUUCUGUAACAACUGCUACUUCUUCAAUGAAUCCUAGUGCUUCAGUAACAACUGCAAUGUCGUCAAUGUCACUCAGCACAACAGCUACAACUGUAAUUUCCUCAAUGACCCCGAGCACAUUUGCAACGGCUACAUCUUCAAUGACGCCUACUAUUACAUCAACUGCUACCUCUUCAACGACAAUGGGUACUUCAGCAACAACAUCAAAUUCAGCUCCCAGCACUACAGCUACAACUGCAAUGUUCUCAAUGACUCCGAGCACUACGGUAACUGCUUCAUCUUCAAUGACCCCUAGUAUAUCAGCAACCGCGACAUCUUCAUUGACCCCUAGUUUUGCAGCAACUGCUAUAUCUUCAAUGACGAUGAGUACUACAGCAACAGCGGCAACAUCUUCAAUGAAUCCUUCUACUACAGCAUUAACAACAACUUCUUUAAUUACCACAAGCACUACAGUAACAGCUACAUCUUCAAGGACGUCGCGUACUACACCAAUAACUGUUACAUCUUCAGUGACGGCUAGUACUACAGCAACUGCUUUAUCUUCAGUGGCAAUUGGUACUUCAGGAACAUUUUUCUCGAUGAAUCCUAGUACUACAACAACAACUGCAACGAUCUCCAUGUCGCCCAGCACUACAGCUACUACGGCGACUUCAUCAAUGGUCCCGAGCACUACAGCAACUGCUAUAGCUUUAAUAACGCUUACAACGGCCGCAUCCGCUACGUCUUCAGUGAUAGCGACCUCCACAAGUUCUGCAAUACUUGGAACGACCACUGCAACAUCUUCCACGACACUUGCGAGUACAGCAACAACUGCAACUUCCUCAAUAAACCCGAGCACUACAACAAGCACAACUAAUUUUUCUAUGACUCAUAGUACUACAAUAACAACAAUGCCUACUAGUACUACACCUACAACUGCAACUUCCUCAAUGACCUCGAGCACUGUAGCAACAACUGCAACGUCCUUAAUAACCCCUAGUAUAACAGCAACAAUUGCUACAUCUUCAACGACUCCAGGUACUACAGUUACACCUGCAACUUCUUCAAUGACCCCAAUCACUACAGUAACAAAUGUUGCUUCCUCAAUAACCCCGAGCACAACAGUAACCACUCUUGCUUCUUUAAUGACUCCUUUUACUACAAUAUCAACAGCUUCCAUGACUCCUAGUACUCUAGCUACAACUGAUACUUCCUUGAUGACACAUAGUACUACAGCAAUGACUGGUACAUCAAUUACCGCCAUUACCUCAGCGACAACUGCAGCAGUGACACCUGGUACUACAUCAACAGCGGCUACCUCUUCAGUGACUUUUAGUACUACAGGAACAACCGCAACUUCUUCGAUGGCCCCAGGCACAACAAGCACAGUUGCUUCUUCAAUGACUCCUAUUACUACAAUAUCAACAAUUUCAAUAACCCAAAGUAUUACAGAAGCAGCUGUUAUUUCCUCAAUAAUCCCUAGCACAACAGCAACAACAGUUGCUUCUUCAACGACUCCUAGUCCUACAAUAUCAACAAAUUUAUUGUCAUCUAGCACAACAGCUACACCUACAACUUCCUCUAUGGCCAUGACUACGGCAUCAACGAUUGCAUCUUCAUUAUUGGCACCUAGCACUACAGCAACCUCUGUUACAUCUUCGAUGACCCCGAACCCUACAACAACUACUACUUUCUCAAUGACUCCUAGUACUACAGCAAUGACUGGUACAUCAAUUACCGCCAUUACCUCAGCGGCAACUGCAGCAGUGACACCUGGUACUACAUCAACAGCGGCUACCUCUUCGGUGACUUUUAGUACUACAGGAACAACCGCAACUUCUUCGAUGGCCCCAGGCACAACAAGCACAGUUGCUUCUUCAAUGACUCCUAUUACUUCAAUAUCAACAAUUUCAAUGACCCAAAGUACUACAGUAGAAGCUGCUACUUCCUCAAUGACCCCGAGCACUACAGCAACAACAAUUGAUUCUUCAAUGACUACUAGUCCUACAAUAUCAACAACUUUAAUGUCACCUACCACAACAACUACACCUGCAACUUCCUCUAUGGCCACGAGUACUACAUCAACGAUUGCAUCUUUCUCAUUGGCCCCUAGCACUACAGUGACCACUGCUACACCUUCAAUGACCCCAAACCCUACAACAACUGCUACUUCCUCAAUGACUCCUAGUACUACAACAAUGACUGGUACAUCAAUUACCGCAAGUACCUCAGCAACAACUGCAACAGUGACACCUAGUACUACGUCAACAGCAGCUACCUCCUCAGUGACGUCUAGUACUACUGAAACAACUGCUACUUCUGCGAUGACCCCGACAACAACAGCUACCGGAUUUGCUUCUUCAAUGACUCCUAGUCCUACAAUAUCAACAGUUUCAAUGUCACCUAGCACAACAAGUACACCUGCAACUUCCUCUAUGGCCAUGAGUACUGCGUCAACGAUUGCAUCUCCAUCAAUGGCAGCUAGCAGUUCAACGACCCCGAGCGCUACAACAACUACAAUAUUUGCUACUUCCUCAAUGAAUCCUAGUACAGCAACAAUGACUAGUUCAUCAAUUGCCGCCAGUACCUCAGUAACAACUGCAACAGUGACACCUAGUACUACGUCAACAGCGGCUACCUCCUCGGUGACGUCUAGUACUACAGUAGCAGCUGUUACUUCCUCAAUGACCCCGAUCACAACAGCAACAACCGUUGCUUCUUCAAUCACUACUAGUACUACAAUAUUCACAACUUUAAUGUCACCUAGUACAACAACUACAACUUCCUCUAUGGCAAUGAGUACUGCAUCAGCGAUUGCGUUUUCAUCAAUGACAGCUAGCACUACAACAACCACUGCUACAUCUUCAAUGACCCCGAACCCUUCAACAAGUACACCAACCGCAACUUCCCCAACGAACCCGAGCAGUUCUAUAACAACUGGAACUUUAGCAUUGACCCCGAGUACUACAGCAACAGUGACACCUACUACUAUAGCAACAGCUGCUAUCUCCUCAGUGACACGUAUUACUACACCAACCGCUACCUCCUCAAUUACCCUUAGUACUACCGCUUUAACGGUAACUUCCUCAAUAACCCCGAGCACUACAUCAACAGCUGCUACUUCUUCGAUUAUUUCUAGCUCUACUACAACAACCAUAAUGGCCGCGUCCGCAACAUCAUCAUUGACAGCGACCACCACAAGUUCUACAAUACAGCAAACAGCCACGGCAACGUCUUCCAUGGUACCUACAAGUACAGCAUUAAGUGAAACUUCCUCAAUGACGCCAGGCACUCUAUCUACAGUAUCAACUGUUGCUACUUCAGUGGCUCCUAGUACUACAGCUACAAGUGCAUUUUCCGCAACGACCCCAAGUACUACAACUACAAGUGCAACUUCCGGAAUAACCCCUAGUACUACAACAACAUUUGCAACUUUCGCAAUGACCGCUAGUACUACAGCAACAACUGUGAUUUCUUCAAUGGUUCCUAGUACUACAGCUACAACUUCAACUUCCGCAAUGAUCCCGAGUACUACAUCAACUGCUUCAUCAUCAAUGGCUCCAACGUCUAUGUCAACUGCUACAUCUUCAAUGACACAGAGUACUAUAACAACAACUGCAACUCUGUCAAUGAAUCCAAGUACUACAGCAACAUUUCCCACUUCUCCUAUGACACAAAGCACUACAGCAACAACUGCAACUUCCUCAAUAACCCCUAGUAUUGCAGCAACCAGUGCUACAUCUUCAAUGACCCCGAUCACUGCAGCAACAACUGCUACUCCCUCAUUUACUUCUAGUACUACAGCUACGGCUGCUUCAUUUUCAAUGACUCCUAGUACUACAGCAGCAACAGUUUCAAUGAACCCGAGCACUGCAUCAACAACUGCAACUUCCUCAAUGACUCCUAGUAUUAAUGCAACCAGUGUUACAUCCUCAAUAACCCCAAGUACUACUUUAACAGUGAUCCCGAGCACUACAACAACUGCUACUUCCUCAAUAACUCCGGGUACAACCAUAACAACAACAACUGUAACAUCCUCAAUGGCCCCGAGCACUAUAGCAACAACUGUUAGUUCCUCAAUUACCCCUAGUGCUACAGCAGCCACUGCAACAUCAUCAAUUAACCUUAGCACUACAGUGACAACAACAACAUCCUCUAUGACGCUAAGUACUGUAACAACAACAACAACUACGCCUUCCUUAAUGACGCCCAGUUCUACAGCUGUGACCUCACCAAUGAUUCCUAGUACUACAGCAACAACUGCAGCUUCCUUAAUGACAUCGAGCACUACAACUACAUUUGCUACAUCGUCAGUGACGAUGGGUAUUACAGCAACAACUGCAACUUCCUCGAUGACGCAGAGCACUACAGGAACAACUUCUAUAUCUUUCAUGUCCCCAACAUCAACUGAAAGUAUUACUGCGUCGUCCAUGACUCCGACCACAACAGAAACACCUUCUACUUCAAUUCCCACGAGCAGUACAAGAACAACGGCACCUUCGUCAAUAACACCUACUUCUACAGCCAUAACUGCUACAUCACCAAUUACGCCUAGUACUACACCAACAACUAUCACCUCCUCAAUGACUCCUAGCUUUUCAGCAACUACAACGACAGUAUCCGCUACUUCGUCAAUGACAGCAACCACCUCAAGUUCUGUUGUGGUCGAAAUCGUCGCUACUGUCACCUUCGUGGUAGCGUUUGAAACGCGAAACGGCCAGCCAUUAAACUUUACAGACGACCUCAAUAAUUCGUCUUCGGCUCGCUUCUUGGACCUCGAGAAAUUCUUCUGUGAAGGGGUUGAAGCCCUCUACCGCUCGAGAUUGUCCAGCUCUUUGAAUUCCCUCCUCACCUUCAACUGUGUGGUGAACAGCUUCUCUCCAGGCAGUGUGGUAGCGGACCUCUCAGCCGAGCUGACGGCGCCGUCGGGAACGAUUACCGAGGCAGAGGUGGAAAAUAUUACCGCACUGGAAAACACAACAGCUCCUGAUACUAUUGUGGUCAAUGGCACCAUAUUCACCGUGGGAUCUUUAAGUACAAAUGUUACGAUACCGACAACGACGCCCGCUCCAACUACAACUCCAACGACGCCUGUUGUGGUAGAGGUGGUUGCUUCCGUUACGUUCGUUUUGGCAUAUGAAACCCAGGACGGACAACCACUAAACUUCACCGACGACCUCAACAACAGAACCUCAGCUCGCUUCCUCGAACUCCAGGAUUAUUUCUGCCGAGCCGUUGAAAACGUCUCUAGAUCUCAAUUAUCGACGGACCUCAACCCGAUCAUUACCUUCAAUUGUACUGCCAUUAGCUUCGAACCGGGAAGUGUCAUCGGGAAUAUUCUGGCGCUGUUGACGGCCAUACGGGGAACAGUUACUGAUGCACAAUUGCAAAAUAUAGCUGCCCUAGAGAACAUAGCAUUCCCGACUUCAAUAGAAGUGAAUGGGACCCUCUUUGGAGUCGGGUCCUCCUACACAAUAACCGUUACAAUACCUACAACAACGCAAGCUCCAACAACUACAGUGGGUACAGCGCCCUCUGUCGACUCAUCUACUAUCUCGAUUGGAGCCAUUGUAGGCAUUGUGCUUGGUGUCCUGGCAUUUGUUAUGAUCGCUGUUAUCUUGUUCUGUACCUGUUUCAUCGCAAGCAUGAGGAGACUUCAACAGGAAAAGAUUAUUAUUGCUGGACGUCAUAAACCCAAUCUGGCAUUCUACGAUGACAAUCUGAGCUUCCUCGAAGACGAGACGCUCUACUCUGAAGACCUUUCCGGCGGCUCUUCCUUGGACGAUAGACGGUUCGUGGUAGGCCAGGCCCUACGCAGGAUGGGUGAAACGAGGUACCCGAUGUCGGAAUACUCACAGGAUACAUCGGAAGGAUUUGGAGCACAGAAUUACAUAAGACCAUAUGUCACGGACGGCAUGGAUGGGGAAGCCAUUGAAAGGAACCCACUACAUGCCUCGCACAUGUGGUAAUUGGAAUACGCAGUGCCAAAAUGCGAUUUUUAUUCCUACCAUACAUCGAGAGGGAUGUGUAAUUAUUUAUUUAUAUUGUACAUAAUGCGAUAAAUAUUAGACCAAUGAAGCUCUAUAUAAAGUGAAAAAAAAUGUAUGUCAAUAAGAGACUGAAAUUUUAUUGUACAAUAUUUUUUGUAUUCUUUAUCUAAGAAGGAUAAUAUAUAGUCAAUAUAUGUUUAGAUAGCGAUGCUCCUCUAAUAAUAAUUUAUAGUUGAUUGAUUUUCUUUCGAUGAAACUAUGAAAAAUAAAUGGAAUGUAAUGUUCUUAUAUUGAAAAAGUAUAUGUCUAUGCAAGCCUGGUAGUAAAUAUGUGUACAAUUUAGAAACAGAAUCGUUAAAUUGUAUUCUUUAUAAUCGAUGAUCAUUAUGUUCUUCUCUUAGAAAAAAAAAGCUACCCCACAUUAAAUGUAGUCUUCCACAAAGAACAAACUGAAGCUUUGUUCUUUAUCUUUCAUGAAUUUCAAUUUUAGUGAGCUUCCAGUCAUGUAAAGGACUUUGAUCUAAAAAACAUGCGUUUAUAAAUAUUUUUUUACGUUAUAUCGUAUGAUGAUUGCGAAAUACGAUUUGCAGAAGAGAAUUUUAUGUGUUAUUUCUAUUUUGAUUAUAUUCAUGUUUCAGGCAUUCCGGUUAUUCAGAAAAUGAAGCGUUUAUUAAUCAUGAAUUUAUGAAUAUGUUUUAGAUUUUUUGAUUAUCGUGAUCUAUAAAUGAUUGUAUGUUCUUAUCUAAACAACAAGUUUAUGUUCCAAAUAGGCCUAAUUGCUGCUUUUAAUGAAACAUUAUUACAGUAUUGAUCUUUGUAUAAUGAUUCAUAUUCGUGAAUUGCUCCAAUUUUAAUGAAAAUGUGGAAUCCUUUUACGAAACAAUUAGAAUUACGUUAAAGUCAAUCUACAUCGUUUAAAACGUAGGUAAGGAUGAUUUAGACUAAACCGUUGAUGUGAAAUAAUGAACUGAAGUCUAAUUUUAAAACUUAUUUAUUUAUUCUAGAGCUGAUUUUUUGUGUUUUCUUUAUGUGCUAUGCAACUAUUAUUUUCUUUUGUAACAUUAUGUUAUUAAUAAAGAUAUUUUUCUCUCCAUCGUGA